AGUGGCAACAUCGGUCGCGGUCGCGUUCGCGUACUUUCGUCGAUUCACAAAAGUUUGUUAUUUUUAAUUGCCGCGCGGCGAAUUAAAUGUAAACGCUUUUCCCAAUGUUUAAAUAACCGUGAAAAUGUCCGUUGGCCGUCGGGAAAAGUCAGUGCGCAAAUCGGAGAGCUAAAAAGAAAGCGAAAUAUUCUGCGGCUCUUGUGUGCGAAUGUGCAUGAGGUGUAAGCGUCGGCGUGACGGUGUAGGUGCGUGUGUGUGAGUGUCGCGUCAACAAUUGUGGCAGAAAUUUGAAAAAUUGCACUCUGGCAGCCAAAGAAAGUGUAUUUUAGUUAAUAUUAGCAUCCGGAUUUUCUGGUUUCAAGCACCCACUUCCCGGGGAAGCUGGGGUGACUGCAUUUUUUGUUUUUACUUUUUUUUUUUGGCUGCCUACGUGUACAGAAACCCGAAAAACAUUCGAAAUUCACCUAGAACCCUAGAAAUGUGGAGUGUUUACCUAAUCCUGAUCCUCGGCUAUGCAGCCGGGGAAUUUAGUGAAGUGCAAGUGAUCCAGGAAGUGGACAAUUUCCUAGAGAACCCCCACUAUCUGAAGAACCAGGAGAUCGGCGAACUCUUCGGUCAGCUGGCCAAGGAUUACCCCGACUUGGCACAGGCAUAUACGAUAGGUAAAUCCCUGGAGGAUCGGCCUAUGCACGCCCUGGCCCUGAGUGCACCAACUGGAGAGUCCAAAAACGGAGAUCUCCUGAGGCCCAUGGUGAAACUGGUGGCCAAUAUCCGCGGCGAUGAAGCCGUGGGUCGGCAGAUAGUCCUCUACAUGGCCGAAUACCUGGCCAGCCACUACGAUGCGGAUCCCGAGGUCCAAGCGCUACUAAAUCGCACUGAAAUCCACUUCCUGCCCACCUGCAAUCCGGACGGAUUUACCAAAGCCCAGGAAGGCAACUGCGAAUCGCUACCGAACUAUGUGGGACGCGGAAAUGCAGCCAAUGUUGACUUAAAUCGCGAUUUCCCCGAUCGGCUGGAGCCAAACCAUUUCCACCAGUUGCGCCCCCAUUCCCGACAGCCGGAAACGACGGCCCUUAUCGAAUGGAUCACCACCAAGCCGUUUGUGCUCUCCGCUAAUUUCCACGGCGGAGCCGUCGUGGCUAGCUAUCCCUACGAUAACUCCUUGGCCCACAACGAGUGCUGCGAGGAGAGCUUGACCCCGGACGAUCGGGUAUUUAAGCAGCUGGCCCACAGCUAUUCGGACAACCAUCCGAUAAUGAGACAGGGCAACAACUGCAACGAUAGCUUCUCCGGUGGCAUCACCAACGGAGCCAAUUGGUACGAGCUAUCCGGCGGAAUGCAGGACUUCAACUACGCGUUUAGCAACUGCUUUGAGCUGACCAUUGAGUUGUCCUGCUGCAAAUAUCCGCCGGCCAGCACUUUGCCCCAGGAGUGGCAGCGGAACAAGGCAUCGCUGCUGCAGCUGCUACGCCAGGCGCACAUCGGUAUCAAGGGCCUGGUGACGGAUGUCAGUGGCUUCCCAAUACCCGAUGCCAAUAUCUAUGUCGCCGGACUGGAGGAGAAACCCAUGCGCACCUCGAAACGUGGCGAAUACUGGAGGCUGUUGACCCCUGGACUCUAUAGCGUGCAUGCCGCCGCCUUUGGUUACCAGACCAGUGCCCCUCAGCAAGUCCGUGUGACCAACGAUAACCAGGAGGCCUUGCGCCUGGACUUCAAGCUGACGCCCGUCGAGACGGACUUUGAUGGAAACUUCCGGAAGGUUAAAGUCGUCCGCUCAGAGCCGCCAGAGAAGCGCAAGGAGCAGUUCAACGGAUUCCUGACCCCCACCAAGUUCGAACACCACAACUUCACGGCCAUGGAGAGCUUCCUGAGGGAGAUCUCCAGCAGCUAUCCCUCGCUCACCCGUCUCUACAGCAUUGGCAAGAGUGUCCAGGGGCGCGAUCUCUGGGUGCUGGAGAUCUUUGCCACCCCGGGUUCGCAUGUGCCGGGUGUGCCGGAGUUCAAAUAUGUGGCCAACAUGCAUGGCAAUGAGGUGGUGGGCAAGGAAUUGCUACUACUCCUCACCAAAUACAUGCUGGAGCGCUACGGCAACGAUGACAGGAUUACCAAGCUGGUGAAUAACACGCGGAUGCAUUUUCUGUACAGCAUGAACCCCGAUGGCGCUGAGAUCUCCAUCGAAGGGGAUCGUACCGGUGGCGUUGGACGAUCGAAUGCCCAUGGGAUUGACCUGAACAGGAACUUCCCGGAUCAAUAUGGCACGGAUAGGUUCAACAAGGUAACGGAGCCCGAGGUAGCCGCCCUGAUGAACUGGACCCUGUCGCUGCCAUUCGUUCUGUCCGCCAAUCUGCAUGGUGGGUCCCUGGUAGCCAACUAUCCGUUUGACGAUAACGAGAAUGAUUUCACUGAUCCCAUCAUGAGGCUAAGGAAUUCCAGUAUCAAUGGACGCAAGGCCAAUCCGACCGAGGAUAAUGCCCUGUUCAGACAUCUGGCCGGAGUCUACUCGAAGGCACACCCCACCAUGCACCUGGGUCAACCGUGUGAACUCUUUCAAAAUGAAUUCUUCGCCGAUGGCAUCACCAAUGGUGCCCAAUGGUACAGUGUGACGGGGGGAAUGCAGGAUUGGAACUAUGUGACGGCAGGAUGUAUGGAGCUGACCAUCGAAAUGGGUUGCGAUAAGUUCCCAAUGGCCGCGGAACUGCCGCAAUACUGGCAGGAUCAUCGGGAGCCACUGAUCCAGUUUAUAGAGCAAGUUCAUCAUGGCAUCCAUGGCUUUGUGCACAGCACCAUCGGCACUCCGAUCGCCGGAGCUGUUAUCCGUUUGGAUGGUGCCAAUCACUCGAGCUACAGUCAAACUUUCGGAGAUUAUUGGAAGUUGGCGCUGCCUGGCCGGCACAACCUUACCGUUUUGGGUGACAAUUACGCUCCGAUGCGGGUGGAAGUGGAGGUGCCCGAGGGAGAACCCUAUGAGAUGCGCAUGGAUGUCACGCUCAUGCCCGAUGAUCCGCAGCACUGGGCCUCGGCCAAUGACUUCAGGAUUAUCGAGAACGUGGUAAACACCCGUUACCACACCAAUCCUCAGAUUAGAUCUCGACUCGCGGAGCUGGAGAACCAAAAUGGCCAGAUUGCCAGCUUUGGCUAUGGCGACAAUGAGUUCAGCACCUACUUCAACUAUCUCAAAAUGACCAACGACAUUGGUGAGCCCGAGGAGCAUAAAUACAAGCUGCUGGUGGUGAGUUCCCUAUACGAUACAGCCGCUCCAUUGGGCAGGGAGAUUCUGCUCAACCUUAUUCGGCACCUUGUCGAGGGCUUCAAGCUGCAGGAUGCCUCUGUGCUGGAUCUGCUGAAGCGCAGUGUUAUCUACUUCCUGCCGCAGACUGGCAAGUUCCAGGACGUCUUUAACAUGUACAACGACAACUCCUCCAUUUGCGAUCCCGUGCUGGGCGAUGAGCUGGCAGAACGCAUUCUUAAUCCAGAGACGGACCAGGCCAAGGACAUGUUCCUGGAGUUCCUGCGCACCGAACGCUUCGAUCUUAUGCUUACCUUCGGAGCCGGCAGCUCCGAGUUGACUUAUCCGAAAGGAGAUUCCGUUCUGGAGAAGUUUGCCCAUGGAAUGCAGCGGACGGAGUUCAACUACUCGCCCCUCCAGUGCCCUGUAUCCGCCACGAGGCAGGCACACCGGGAGACCACGGAGAGAUUGACCAACAUGAUCUACCGCAUGUACAACUUGCCCGUUUACACCUUGGGCAUAUCCUGCUGCCGGAUGCCGCAUCACAAGCAAAUCGCCUCCGUGUGGCGCAAGAACAUAGACAAGAUCAAGAACUUUUUGGCUCUGGUUAGGACAGGAGUAAGUGGCUUGGUGCAGAACGACAAGGGGCAACCACUGAGAGAGGCCUUUGUCCGAUUGCUCGAGCACCAGCGGAUCAUCAACGUCACCAAGAACGUGGCGCGUUUCCAAGUGAUGCUGCCCCAUGGCCUCUAUGGCUUGGAGGUGACCGCUCCCAACUACGAGUCGCAAAUGAUCAAAGUGGACAUAAAAGAAGGUCAAAUCACGGAUUUGGGAAGCAUACGCUUGAACGCCUUCACGUUGAUUCGCGGCUCGGUUGUGGAGCUGCAAAAUAGUGCUUAUGGAAGCACCACUAGCAUUGCAGGAGUGGUGCUGGAUGAGAGCAAUCACCCGGUGCGGAAUGCCAAGGUGUCGGUGGUGGGCCAGACAAAACUGAGGAACUUCACCAACAGCAUGGGCCAGUAUCAUAUAUCGGCGGUGCCAUUGGGCACUAUCACCCUGAAAGUAGAGGCACCGCGUCAUGUGGAGGCGACGCGUCAGAUGCACCUGAUCCAGGGUGGUUUGGCCACUGAGAACGUGGUCUUCCACCUGAAGGUUAACGAGCAUGUCUUUGGGCUGCCCCGCUUCCUGUUCAUCCUGGUUGCCAGUGUCUUGAUCAUCGUCAGUGUGGUCAUAUGUGUGCUUUGUGCCCAGUUUUGGUUCUACAGACGCCACCGGGGGAACAAGCCCUACUACAACUUCUCACUGCUGCCGCAAAAGGGCAAAGAGCAGUUUGAUCUGGAGGAUGAUGAGGCGGGCGAUGAUGGGGAAACGGAGCUCUUCCGCUCGCCAAUUAAACGCGGCAUGACCAUCCAGCCGUACUUUGACGAGGAGCAGCUGGAGCGCAUCCUACACACGGAUGAGGAGGACGACGAUGGGCCGCACAUAGAGCCGGAACUGGAUGUGGCCGACGACAGUGGCGAUGAGAUAGUGAUGCUGCACAACCACGGGAACAAGCGCCGGCACUAGACCUCCCGUUGGUCCCUGAUCAAUACCAAUCUCAACUGUCCCAACCACCAGGAAUCACUUGAUCCAUUAACCACUGCAACCACACACAACAUAACUGUGAUUCAAAACGUUUUCAUGAGAAACCAACGCAAACAUUGCUCUAACUUUUUUUUAUUUUUGUGUAAUAUAUAUCUAUGUAUCCCUAAAACGUAACUUAAUUAUUCGAUAUACAAUGGUAUGAUUUGCGUCUGCGCUUUAACGUUAGUAAGCUCGCACCUAGAAUGCAUCACAAUUGUCAGCUUUAAAUAGAGAAUGUUGUGCUCCAACCUCUACAAACCCCCCGGCCCCAACCCACUCGGCGAAUCUCUCUUCCAUGCCUUUAUAGCCCGUCUAUGUAGAGAUAUAUACACUCAUAUAUAUAUAUAUAUAUAUACUUAUCUGUCCAGCCAACAGAACUGCUUAACCGUAACUUAACUAAAGACUGACAGCCUUACAAAUCUAGCAAAAGGAAAUAAUCAAAAGUUGUGAAGAGAACGACGAAAGACGCGAAUCUUGUGAAGAAUCAUAGCCAAGUGCAUACAGAGCGGAUUAAGUUUAUUAAUUUUUGUUUGUUUUUAAUCAAAACUUAGUCACAGUUUUAAAGUUUAAAGGCCUUCCGUAGAAGUGCAAUUUUAUUGGCUUAACUCUUUUCUAAAAUCAAUUUUAAUCGUAGUACUUAAUAGUUUAAUGACCCAUGUUAAAGUAUAAACAAAGACAUGCUAAUAACCAGAAACAUAUACUCACACGAGCCCUCUGUAUGCAUGCAAAACAGCUAAGAGAAUUAGACAAUUAUGCAGCUAAAUGAAGAGGAACCAUAACAAGACCAGUUAACAGAUUUUAUAAUAUCUUUUGGAUAUGCCUAAUUUAUGAAAUACAAAUACAAAUAUACACGAAACAGACAUUAAAUACUUCAGAUAUGCACUGCACGACUUAAACUAUAUACAUGUAGAGCACAUAAAGACAAAGAAUAUAGUUGAUAUUCAUAUUCCACAAGGUGCAGCAUUUACAUAUUUAAAAAAUAUACAUAUAUAAAUAUACUAUAUAUAUAUACUUGUGUCGCAUACAUAUCCACAAAUAUUGCAAUUUAAACGAUGUAAGCAACUAAAUGAAUAAAAAUAAUAUAUAUA